AGACUCCGCCCCUAGGCGGGGCCUGGAUGCGGCCGGAGCCGAGCAGCUCUGGAGCCCCAGCCUCAGCCCUCAGGCGCCACUGUGCGGACUGGACCCGACCUGCCCGCAGCCCCCCGCGGCGCCCUGCCCAGGUCCCCCCCGCGCCCUCCCGGCCGUCAGAUCCUGCCGUCCGGCCGACCGUCCGAGGGCGAACCCGUCGUCCCGCACUCGGAGUCCGCGAUGGCUUCAGUGACGGAUGGUAAAACUGGAUUCAAAGAUGCCUCUGACCAGAAUUUUGACUACAUGUUUAAGCUGCUUAUCAUUGGCAACAGCAGUGUUGGCAAGACCUCCUUCCUCUUCCGCUACGCCGAUGACACAUUCACCCCAGCCUUCGUUAGCACUGUAGGCAUUGACUUCAAGGUGAAGACAGUCUACCGUCAUGAGAAGCGAGUGAAACUACAGAUCUGGGACACAGCUGGGCAGGAGCGGUACCGGACUAUCACGACAGCCUAUUACCGUGGGGCCAUGGGCUUCAUUCUGAUGUAUGACAUCACCAAUGAGGAGUCCUUCAAUGCUGUCCAAGACUGGGCUACUCAGAUCAAGACCUACUCCUGGGACAAUGCACAAGUUAUUCUGGUGGGGAACAAGUGUGACAUGGAGGAAGAGAGGGUUGUUCCCACUGAGAAGGGACGGCUCCUGGCAGAGCAACUUGGGUUUGAUUUCUUUGAAGCCAGUGCAAAGGAGAACAUCAGUGUAAGGCAGGCCUUUGAGCGCCUGGUGGAUGCCAUUUGCGACAAGAUGUCUGAUUCAAUGGACACAGACCCCUCGAUGCUGGGCUCCUCCAAGAACACGCGUCUCUCGGACACCCCGCCACUGCUGCAGCAGAACUGCUCAUGCUAGGCAAGGCCCACCUUCCUGACCUCCCCUCAUUGUGGCCCCAUACCCAGUCUGCUUCUCUCUGUUACACACUGUCCACUCUCAGACCUGAGGAAGAUGAAUCGCUGCUAUUCUUUGCCUGCCCCUGGGGUUUUCUGCAGAUGGUCCCAGUAAUAGAUACUCAGCACUAGACGAACAGAACAGGUCACUACACAGGUGGAGAUUCACUUUACAAAAAAAGACUCUGUUUUAUGAAGGGGAUCCACUACAGGGACUUAGAAAGCAGUCUCUUCUCUGCUUUUAAAAUAAUAGUUCCUCCAUUUAUCAAGAUUUGACACACACACACUCUUCAGGGGCAGGCCAGUUGUGUAAAGUGAGGCUUGCCUGCAUAGCUAAUCCUAUUAAAGAUAACUUCCCAAAGCACAGCGUGCUUGUUUCAUAUUGGGCUCCCUGUGGGGCUUUCGCUCACUACAAGUAAAGCUUGGGCUCUCAAAGACCUGUGCCUGUUACCACAGAUGCCCACAGGGCCUGGGCAGUUGCUGUGGUGACAGGCAGAGCUAAUCUUUAGAGAGCUCAGAUUCUCUAAUGAUGCUGAUGGCGUAAAGGCUGAGUCAGAAACACAUUUAAGAGAAAAAGAUUAUCUCCUGCAAAAUGUCAGAAGUUCCUGUUAUAUGAAAGAGUAGGCAAGUAAGCUUAAGAAAGACAAAGAGAAAGAGAAAAAGAAAAAGAGAAACACAGGCAAGAUCAAGAAACAGAUUGCUGCUUUUCCAGUGGGUUCUUAACUGUGGGAACUUAGUGAAAUUGGUUAUUGAUUCUUAGACUCCUGGAACCUGAGGAUUUUAGAGUUGAUGGGAUUCCCAAAUUUACCUAGUCUGACUAGUCAAUUCUAACUUUCCUUUUUCUGAGAAGUGACUGUCAAGCCUAACAACCAAAUCUCUUUCUUCUACAGCACACCUUCUAGGCAGGUACAGGAGCUCAUUUUCCACACCAUCUUGGUCAACUCUCAUAGAAUGUUUUCCUUCCUUCAAGCUCAAAUCUGCCUCCUGGAAAUUCUUCUUCUUCCCACCCUAUUGGUACCAGCUCUGCUAUUAGAGACUUCACAGUCUCUGCUCCCUCUGCCCUGUGACACCCUCAGACUACUUGAGAACAGGAAUCAUGGCUCCUGGGAUUCACCUUUUCUCUAGGUCAAAUACCUCUAUAAUUCCACCUGCUAUUCUCCAUAGGGUCUUCUCUCCAUCCUGCCCCUUGACUCCAAUCUGUCUUUUAAUUGCUCUUGAGCAGUCUAAUUGAGAAGUACAAUUCAAAGAAAAGUAAAUCUAAGGUAUCAUGACCCUGAAAAAGUUGAGAAAAUUGAACUCAGAGGUCCUGAGCCCAACCCCAUUCUCCUGGGAGUGAAACCUUAGCUUUUACCAGAGAGCACGGGAAACCAAUUCUGGUGGAAACCCUUAAUUAAACACCUGAGGAAAAAAAGAAAAGAAACUCAGAGACCAGAAUGGAUUGUCUCAUUAUUCUAGCUUGCUUGGCCACAGGGACAUAUUUGGUUUUGGCUGGAAAUAAUGACAUGGAACUGGCAAUGAUUCCAGAAAAUCUUUCUUCUUAAUCAUGGCCUGAAUCCUCAGCCACCUGAAAAGUCAGUGGCAGGGGGAGUCUCUCCCCAGUUUUCUCUUCAUUUCAAAUGAGGCUCAUUGGCUUAGAAAAAUACAUUAACUAGCAACCAGUCCAAAGACUAAAAAGGACCAUCGAGGGCGGCUGUGGCUCACACCUGUAAUCCCAGCACUUUGGAAAGCCAAGGCAGGAGGAUCAUUUGGGGCCAGGAGUUCGAGACCAGCCUGGUCACUAUGGUGAAAUUCCAUCCCUACAAAAAAAAAAAUUAGCCAGAUGUGGUACACACCUGUAGUCCCAGCUACUUGGGAGGCUGAGGCAAGAGGAUUGCUUGAGUCCAGGAGUUUGAGGUUGCAGUGAACUGUAAUCAUGUCACUACACUCCAGUCUGUCUCUCUCUCUCUUUUUUAAAGAACCAUCCAGAGUCAGCUCUACAAAAGAUGUUGCUUUCUUUGAUGCCAUGCUGAGAACAGAGCUUUGGGCUUGGAGAUCUGGACUCUCAUUAAAUCGACUGUGACUCUGGGCCAGUUACUUCCCAUCUUUGAGUCUUGAUUUCCUACUUAUAAAAUGAAAGAGCUUAUUUGGAUGAUCUUUAAGGUCCCUUUUGGCACUAAUAACUUGGUGACUCUUUUUUUUCACCUUCACCAUUUCAGUUGAUCCACCAAACAAACCUGAGAGAUCAGGAUUGGCAUCCCAGUGUUAGCUUGGCUAACACUGAUGUCUUGCUUACUCUGUGCUAGAAAUUGUUCCAAGCAUUUUAUAUGCAGCAACUCAUUUAUCUUCCCAGCAUCUUAUGAGGGAGGCACUAAAUUGAGCCUCAUUUAAAGAUGAGGAAAUAAAGGUACAAAGUGGUUCUAGCCUGACCUCUAAAGUCACAUCAUAAGUAAAUGGUAAAGCUGGAGUUCAAAUCCCGGCAGUGGGCUCCAGGGUCUGUGCUCUUAACCACAUUCUGGGAUGCAUCUUUUAUAGACAAACUACGAUCCAGAGAGGUUAUGAGACUUGGAUCACAUACCGAGAGAGUUAAAGCCACAUUAGGAUUCAAUUCCAGGGCCAUCAGAUUCCAAGUCCAAUGGAGAAAAGACUUAAAUCUCUAAUCUGUUAACAAAUUGCUCAACUACUCAGACUAAUCUGAGGUGAUGGAUGUCUGAUGCUCAGGAAAGGCAAGUUAGUCUCUGAGGCAACCAGAUCCCAUGGGCCUAGGUAGAAAAGCCCAGGGCUGGCUCUCCUUGUAUUUGCCUUUGCCAGGCAACACUUAACAGGCUCCCAAGCAGUGGGAGUUUCCAUGCUCCACUUCGAACAGCCUCCAAGCUCCAGCAAUGGGGCAUUUGUGAAGAGUGACUUGAUUAACUUUUCUGACCAUGAGUAGAAUAUAGUUGCUUCACAGGGCAGUAGUUCUGGAUGUGACACUGUGUCAUGGAUAAUUACUAUUUUUUUCUGAUCAUUAAUACUCAUCUAGUACUAAGAUUUCAGACCAAGGUCCUCAUGACCACUGGAUAUUUUAGUAUCUAUAUCCAAUAAUCUUUUCUCUCUUACUGAAUAUCCAGGCAAAGAUCCAAUAUUUUUCUUUAAAACUGUCAAAUUCUGUAAAAUUCAGGAGCCAGUUCAAGGGAACAAGCAUCUUCACAAUAGAUGGAAUCAAGAGUUAAAUGUUAUAGUGGCAAGCUCUUCUACUGGGCAACAGACAACCAGACAUGCUUGUGAGAUGGCAGCUCCCCAGCCCUGUCUGCGACCUCAUUUCUGUCGAGUGAAAGGCAGCAGCUCAGCUGAUUGCAGCAUAGUGUUCAUCAAUCACGGUAAUAGCGCAAUUAGCCACCAAGGUUCAAGCCGCAUAAUGUGUGUUAGUGGCAACUUAUCUUGGAUUUAAUCUUCCUAAACAAUUCAAAUAAAAGAUUUAAAAACUCUUGA